UAUAAUCUCACUUUGUUUACUUUCUGUGAUAAAGCAUGAUAAUUUUCUAUUCAUUAACCCUUUCUACCACAAAAAAAGGCUUUCGUAAGUCUUUCUGAUAGGAUUGUAUUUUAUCUACUACUGCCAGAGAUUUAUUUAAUGAUAGAAAGGCAUAUUGCGGCGAUAGGUAACUCGUUUGUGGCUAUAUACUCCAGAAACACGAUCAUGGAAUUUAUGUCCAGGGGUUUAUUUGUGUGCCUAUUCUGUGCAAUUCUAUCAGCUGUGACUGAUGGAGCUACCACUCCUAGCACCACUACAACAAGCACUACCACGACUAGAGCACCAGCAACGACACCACAUAUAACAGCUGCACCAUCAGUUACUCCUCGUCCAGGACCUACUCCAAGUAGUUCAGGAGGAGGAGGUGGAGUAGGAGUAGGAGGAGGAAGGGGAGGUUCCGGGAACAGCGUGAUCUCAAACUGUGGCAUGGGUUGUAUAAACAGAGCGCCAAUAAGUGCUAAUUCUCUAGGAAUGGGAUACGCUGGGUCGUCUGCCGUCACCAGUCUUGGACUCUGGAGUAUCAUGACCAUUGUUGCUACCAUAACAUAUGUGUAGACGAAAUAGUGGGGUUGGAGUUGUCGCCCUUUGUCCGGAUUCAGUGUUUUAAUUAAAUCUCAAAUAUAUCACCGUUUUAAAUUUUAAACGAAUUUUCAUUCACUGUGAGGUUUUUAGUAGAUGAGAAGAAAUUUUAUUUUUUCUUCUUUCAUGCUGUUAUAAAAAAAUG